AUGGCGGACAGCAGGCACCACUCCCGCCGGGCACCUGCCCCAAACGCCUACGAUGCCACCGAACUGUCGAAAGAGUUUGAGCAGUUGAUGCGCACGAAACGCUUCAACAGACUACAGGAGAAUACUGGUCCUCGGUCUCGCACUCGCUCCCCGACUCCCUCCUCUCACAUGUCGCCUCCCAGAGUCUCCUAUCCGCCGCACCCUUCGCGCACACCGCCGCCGCCCCCGACCGCGGCCUUCCACCACCACCCGCCCUCUCCUCUCCCAUCCCAGCCUCCGAUGCCUUCCUGCUCAAGCAAUCCGGCGUUGAAGGGUCUCCCGAUCAUGCCCUCGCCGCCCCAGGAUCCCGCCUCGCUCAAGUUCCGCAAUCUACUCCAGGUCCUGUCCGUCACACCCACCAAGUACGAGAAUCCGGGUCUGCUCGACGAGGCGCUCGCUCUGAUCCCUCUCGACCGUCUCUAUUCCGAGGCAGAGGAGGAGAGCCAGAUCAUGCAGGCGCAGGCCGCAAGUGUCGGCGGGAAACCAGAAUGGGGAUACCAAGAUUGUGUCAUCAAGGCAUUGCUACGAUGGUUCAAACGAUCAUUCUUCCAGUGGGUUAACAAUCCACCCUGCUCGCGCUGCUUCAUGCCUACGAUCGGCCAGGGCAGAACGCCUCCGAUGCCGGAUGAGACUGCCCGCGGUGCGACCCAGGUCGAGCUGUAUCGAUGCUCCGAGCCCACGUGUGGCGCCUACGAGAGGUUCCCGAGAUAUUCGGAUGUCUGGCAGCUCCUGCAGACGCGCCGUGGUCGGGUUGGCGAAUGGGCCAACUGUUUCAGUAUGUUCUGCAGAGCUGUCGGAGGCCGCGUCCGAUGGGUGUGGAACUCGGAAGAUCACGUCUGGACGGAGGUCUAUUCGGAACACCAACGCCGUUGGGUUCAUGUCGAUGCCUGUGAGGAGGCAUGGGAUCAACCCCGUCUAUACACCGAAGGAUGGAACAAGAAAAUCUCUUACUGCAUCGCGUUUUCGAUCGACGGUGCGACCGACGUAACGAGAAGAUACGUGCGCUCCCCCGCCAGGCACGGCGCGCCUAGGACCCGUGUCUCGGAAGAAGUUCUGCUUUGGGUCAUCCACGAGAUCCGGCGGAUGCGUCGCGAAACUAUCAGCCCCUCCGAUCGCAAGCGCCUCAUCAAGGAAGACGAGCGUGAAGAGCGGGAGCUUCGUGCCUACACCGUGGCGGGCCUGGCGGCCGAGAUCAACGGUCUUUUGCCAUCCGGCUCGACCAACCGCCGACCAGAAGAUCAGAAAGUGCCUGCGUCCAUUCAGGACGGGGCGAUGGAGUGGCUCAAUGCGCGGCAGCGAGGUUCGGGCCAUUCGGGCUCUGAUCGCUCGCGAGACGGACGAUAA